ACAAUUUAUAUGUGUUAUUUAGAUAAAAAGUCUGUUGAGAGUCAUUAUUGUUAUUAGUAAAGGAUAAGCCAAAAAAUGUCAAUUGAUUUAAACAAGGCAGAAGAACAUUUUAUUGAACUAAUGCGAUCGUUAAAUAAAAAUGAUCAACAGAAAUUCUUAUCAUUUAUUAUAAAGGAAUGGAAAGUAGAAUCAUCUGUAUUUUACAAUCAUACAGGAGAUGAUACAUAUGACUGUGAUAAAGACAAUGACACAGAUUACCCAAUAUUUAUGUUAAAUACUAUUGUUUUUGAUAUUAAACAGAAAGUCCCUUUCAACGCUAUAUUACCAUCUGAAAAUAUCAUAAAACCUUUGUCAGGAUUGAAUUCAGAUUGCGACUCUGAUAUAACAUUUCACAUGGAUCUGUUUCUAUAUGAUUAUGAUGAUUUGACUGAACUUGAGAAUAACAAGCAAUUGCAAAGGUACUAUUGUCUUGAUUGUGGGUCUAGAAAUACAGAAUCAUUAAUUUACAUAUCACACUCCAUAUCACGAAAAGCAUUGUACUAUAUGUUUAAUAUAUGUCUACCAAAAUUAAAAGGCAAAACCAUACUUGAUGUAGGUUCAAGAUUGGGUGCAGUUCUUUAUGGAGCAUAUGUUUAUACAGAUGCUCAAAGAAUUAUUGGUGUUGAAAUGAAUGAAGAAUUCUGUAAUCUUCAGAAUGAUAUUAUACAUAAGUACAAAAUGGGUGGUCGUAUAACUAUCUUUCACAACAGAAUAGAAAAUGUACCAAAGGUAAUUGAAGAAAGUGACGUCAUUAUUUUGAAUAAUCCUUUCGAAUUUUAUUUAUCCAAAGACAUACAGAUAGAUAUAUGGAAGUUUCUGAAAGCUACAAUAAAGAAAGGGACAAUCCUCGUUACUUGUCCAUCCAUUGAUAUAAUUUUUAGGACUUUACAACUUGAUGAUUCAAUAGAAACGUGGUUAAAACCUUAUGAAAGAUAUUCGAAUAAAAUCCAUGACUUGCAUACUGCAAUGAAUGGAGAUGAAUCUUUUAAUAUAAUGUCAUGUUAUGAAAUCUUUUAAGCACUUUGUACAAUAUAAGUACAAGACAGUCGCAUUAUAUUUUUA